AUGUUUCUUCCAGACGAUUUUCGUCUGGACGACCCUAAAAGCAAUGAAGACUGGACUCCAAGGUUCAUAAAAAGACCUCGCCUGGAUCAGGGUAACGAUAAGACCCAAGGUAACGAUCAGAUGCAUCCGUUUCCUGAGGAUGUUGGCGCCUUCCACUUUGAAGAUUACGAUACCAAUGACGGUCGUGGUUAUAUGCCCGAAGAUGAUGAUCAAGAUUACGAAGACACUGUCGAAACUCUUGCCAACCUCCAUCACCUUCUUUGGUUCUUGAAAAUGCGAAGAUUCUCGAGAAAAAAAGCAGAAAGCUUUUUAUGGGGCAAUAUGAAAGCGAAAGCCUUAGCUGAUCAGAUUCAAAUAGUGUGGGUGGCAGGGCCGGAUUUCUUUUAUCUGCGCUCAAAAGUAAGAGUACUCUCAAGUCAUGACUUUGUCAGCCAAUCAGAGGCAAAACACGUGAGAAUCACGUGA